AUGGCGGUGACGAGCUCUCGCUGCCUUCGGUCCACGCUGUGCUGCCUCUUCUACCUGCUGUCCUCCAUCCACGUCCCUCUCGCCGCCUCGCUCUCCUUCCACUUCAACUUCUCAGACCCCGACUCCACCUGCACCGCCCAGAAUGCAGAGCUGGCCUGCUCCGGCGACGCCUACUUCCACAGCACCGAGAACGCGAUCGAGCUGACCAAGAACGCCAUGGGCGACCGCAACAACCAAAGCGUCGGCCGGCUGACGUACACGCAGCCGAUGCCCCUCUGGGACGGCACCACCGGCGAGCUCGCCAGCUUCACCACCUCCUUCACCUUCCGGAUCAAGCCGGCUCAACAGGACUCGCCGGAGCCGAGCGCCGACGGGAUGGCGUUCUUCCUCGCGCACCACCCGUCCGGGGUGCCGCCCCCCGGCAGCUUCGGUGGGAACCUGGGCCUCUUCAACGACAGCACCAACAGGGAUGCCAGGGGCGACGACCGCGUCGUGGCGGUCGAGUUCGACACGUUCCAGAACGCCGAGUGGGGGGAGGUGGACGGAAACCACGUCGGGAUCGACGUCAACUCCAUCUUCUCUGCUGAUUUCAUCUCGCCCAACAAGAGCAUCAAGUCUGGUGAGACCUUGGCCGCCGACGUCGCCUACGACAACAGCACGGAGACUCUGUCCGUCACCCUCCGGAUGAACGGGGCACCGUACCGUGUCAGCGCCAACGUCGACAUGAGGAGAAGCUUGCCCCAGAUGGUGGCCGUCGGCUUCUCCGCUGCCACCGGCAGAAACGUCGAGGCGCACCAGCUCCUGUCGUGGUCCUUCAACUCUUCUCUCGCCAUGUCACCUGGGGAAGCACCUGCACCUGUGCCCUCUCAAGCCAUCACCUCCAACAGGCAUUCCAAGGCGCAUAGCAGCACGAUAGCAGUAUCUGCUGCUGCAGCAGCUGUGUUUGUGGUUAUAUGCGCUUUAAUUGGGUUUGUUCUGUGGCGGAAACUGAGGAUUUGGAAGAAAUCCAAGGAAGCAUCCGGAUCCGGCGGCGGCGGCGAACUCGACGAUGAACACGACGGCGGCGAGGCUGAGUUUGAGAAAGGCGUCGGCCCAAAGAGCAGGAAUGCCAUCGCCGAGGCGGUGGACGAGAGGUUGUUGAGCCUCCAGGGCGAUGAUGGCGAGGUGGAGGAGAGGAGGCAGAUGGAGCGCGCACUGGUCGUGGGGCUCUGGUGCGCUCACCCGGACUGCAGCGAACGGCCGUCCAUCGCGCGUGCCAUGCACGUCCUGCAGUCCACGGCGGAUGUGAAGUUGCCGGUGCUGCGGCCGCAGAUGUACAGCGGCGACACGUUUCAUACUGUAACCAUGGGAGGAGAUGGCUACGGCGAUCUGUCUUUCGGGGAGACGUCCACUGGCAGUGACGCGUCGACUGGCGGCUGCAAUUCUCGUUCAGAGAGCAAAUGA